AUGGCACCAUCUCCAGUGUCGGAAGAUAGAUUGACGUCGGGACACCGUCUGUCUCACCCUCCACCCGGGGAUGAGGUCCUCAUCACUGGCAUCUCGGGUUACUUCCCCGAUUCUGACUCUGUUAUGCAUCUGCAAGAAAACCUCUUCAAUAAGGUCGAUCUGAUCUCUGGAGACGCCAGACGAUGGAAGCUCGCACACCCAGAGAUUCCGCAGCGUACCGGCAAGAUCAAUAACGUCAAUAGAUUCGACGCUUCAUUCUUUGGUGUUCAUUUCAAGCAAGCCCAUACCAUGGACCCGAUGUGCAGGAUCCUUUUGGAAAAAGCGUAUGAGGCAGUCAUAGAUGCAGGUUUAAACCCAAAGGAACUUCGUGGCACCAAGACCGGUGUAUUCAUUGGAGCAUGUUUCUCAGAGUCUGAAAAGACCUGGUUCUAUGAGAAAAUGCAGGUCAACGGUUUUGGAGUGACUGGAUGUUCUCGUGCGAUGUUAGCCAACCGUAUCUCCUAUUGGCUUGGAGUCACUGGGCCAUCUUACACUGUCGACUCAGCCUGUUCUAGUUCGCUCUACGCUUUGGAACACGCCUUUAGGGCAAUAAGAGAUGGACAUUGCGAUGCUGCUAUCGUCGGUGGAUCGAAUUUGUGCUUGCAUCCUUACGUUUCCCUUCAGUUUUCGAGGUUGGGCGUGUUGUCAGCUGACGGUAGAUGUAAAAGUUUUGACAACAGUGCCAAUGGUUAUGCUCGAUCGGAAGCCAUCGUCGUGUGUCUAUUACAGAAAGCGAAAGAUUCUAGGAGAGUUUAUGCUCAAGUGUUACACGCGAAAACAAACUGUGAUGGAUACAAGGAACAGGGUAUCACAUAUCCGGCUGGAAACAUCCAGAAGCUGCUUCUUAACGAGUUCUACGAAGAAUGUUCAAUCCCUCCAAACACCCUCGAGUUCGUGGAGGCUCAUGGCACUGGUACACGAGUAGGAGACCCUGAAGAGUUGGUUGCAAUUGAAGAUGUUUUCUGCACCGGUCGUUCUGAGCCACUUAUGAUUGGAUCCAUUAAGUCAAACUUGGGUCACAGUGAGCCAGCAUCUGGUUUAUGUUCAAUUGCUAAGCUCUGUAUUGCUUAUUCCACCGGAUACAUUCCACCCAAUCUACACUUUUCGGUUCCACGUGAGGGAGUGAAAGCUCUGUCCGAAAAUCGCCUGAAAGUGAUCACCCAGAAACAUCCUUGGAAUAGAGGCAUGUCUGGUAUCAACAGUUUUGGAUUUGGAGGAGCAAAUGCGCACACUUUACUGAAGAAUGUUGCUAGAGAAAAGGUCAACAAUGGUAUACCAUCUGAUGAUUUGCCGCGUUUAGUGUGCGUGUCUGGUCGUACUGAGUCCGCAGUUGCCAAAAUACUGGAUGAUCUAGAAUCAAGGACAGUAGAUGCUGAACUUGUAAGAUUGUUGCAUGCCAUCCAUGACGAUGAUAUCACAGGCCAUGUUGUGAGAGGAUACAGUUUGUUAGAAUCAACUCCAGUGAAGAGCAAAUCUGUCAGUCGAGACAUUCAGUACUUCUCAGGUGUGAAGCGACCUGUUUGGUUUGUGUAUUCCGGAAUGGGUUCCCAAUGGGCUGGUAUGGCUACACAGCUUAUGAGAAUUCCUGUUUUCGCUGCCGCUAUUAACAAAUGCCACAAAGCUCUUGAACCUAAAGGAGUCAAUCUAAUAAAAACCAUAACCGACCCUGAUCCAUCUAUUUAUGAUAAUAUCUUGAACUCAUUCAUUGGUAUCGCGGCUGUACAAAUCGGUCUUACUGAUGUCUUGAAAGCUGUUGGAAUUGAGCCGGACUUUAUCAUUGGUCACAGUGUUGGUGAGCUGGGAUGUGCCUACGCAGACGGUUGUUUCACCGCGGAACAGAUGAUCCUCUCAGCGUAUAGUCGUGGACUUGCCUCCAUCGAAACACCGUUCAUCAAGGGAUCCAUGGCUGCUGUAGGCUUAGGUUAUGCUCAGAUAAAAUCAAUAGUUCCUCCAGAGAUCGAAGUUGCAUGCCACAAUGGUCCGGACUCGAGCACGAUAUCCGGUCCUGCGGAAAUCAUGAAGAGCUUUGUUGCUAAGCUUGUAGCUCAAGGGGUAUUCGCCAAGGAAGUCCCUUGUUCUAAUAUCGCAUACCAUUCGAAAUAUAUUGCAGAUGCAGGUCCGAAACUAUUACAAUACCUGCGAGAAGUAAUUCCUCAGCCUAAACCUCGAUCCGAGCGAUGGGUAUCAACAUCUGUACCGCAAAUGCUAUGGAAAGACCCCAGAGCAACACUAUCUUCCGCGGAAUAUCAUACUAACAAUCUCUUGAGUCCAGUUCUAUUCGAGGAGACAGCUCGUCUGAUACCUGGAAAUGCAAUUACAAUUGAAAUUGCACCCCAUGGUCUGUUGCAAGCUAUACUUCGUCGCUCUCUAAAGAAAGAUGUACUUAACAUUCCGCUUACCGAAAAGAAACACGCCGACAAUGUGCAAUACUUUUUAACGGCUUUGGGCAAACUUUACGAGGCGGGUUUGAAUCCACACCUCGCGAACAUCUACCCGCAUGUUCCAUUCCCCGUGUCUCAAGGAACACCCAUGCUGUCUCACCUAGUUGAAUGGGAACACAGUGAAGAUUGGUACGUAACAUCAUACAAAGCCCAAGAGAAAAUGAAGUCCGGUGAAAGGACAGUCAGGAUGUCUAUUGUUGAUGAGGACUCUGAAUAUAUGGCUGGGCACGUGAUCGAUGGUCGUAAUCUAUAUCCUGCGACUGGUUAUCUUGUCAUGGUUUGGGAGACACUUGGUAUGAUGAUGGGAGAGUUAUAUACUGAGGUGUCAGUUGUUUUCGAGAACGUCCGAUUCCAAAGAGCUACUAACAUUCCUAAGGACGGAAAUCUCGAGUUCAUAGUGAUGAUCCAGAAGGGCAGUGGACAAUUUGAGAUCGUAGAAAGCGGUGCCUCAAUCGUGACUGGUCGUAUCUAUCACAAAAAGAACGUAGGACAGGACUUCCGUGUUUUACCUGCAUCACCUGAAUCAUCUGGACCCAAUGUGAAACACUUGUUGACCAAGGACUUUUAUAAGGAAUUGCGUCUCAGAGGCUAUCAGUACAGUGGCCUCUUCCGAGGUAUCAUUGGCUGCAACGUCGAGGGUACUCGUGGUCGACUUUCUUGGAAGAACAACUGGGUAGCUUUCAUGGACUGUAUGCUUCAGCUUAAGCUGAUUGGCCAAGACACAAGAGGACUUUUUGUACCAACGAGAAUAGAAAGGCUGAGCAUUGAUGCAAACAUGCACUAUGAUGCGAUAUCGAAAAUGAAUCCUGAUUCCUCACGCCAGUCAUUCGAAAUUAGGGUGUAUCCCGAGGUUGAAGUGAUUAGGGCUGGUGGUGUGGAAAUACGAGGUCUUCAUGCAACACCAAUCUCAAGGAAGAAUCCUCUAGGUGUUCCAGUACUAGAAAAGAAUGUAUUUGUACCCCAUUUCGGCAAGUCCAAGAUGAAGAUUGAAGAUAUUCUACGUGCCGACAUUCAACUGAUUCUUGAAAAUAUACAAACUUACAAAGUUAAAGCCAUAGAAGUUAUUGAUGAAGAGUACAAAACGAAUAACUACGAACCAGUUAUGGAAAUCGUUGGUGAGGUACUCGGUGACUUACCACUGAUUCAAGCAGAUAUGACAGUAUUCUCUGAGGAGCCUGUAGAAAUGCCAUCUAACAUUGUGGUAGAAAACAAGAAAGCUACAGCUGAAUCAAAUACUAUUAUAUAUAUCGGAGCUAAUUUGUUAAGGCGCCCUGAAGUUCUUAAACCGGCACUUGGUACACUCCGCGAUAAAGGUUUUCUGAUUAGUCGUGAAAAAGAUCUUAUCAAUCCAAAAGAUUUUUCUGAUAAAUUUGAUAUAAUAAGUAUACAAGAUACUGGAGUCGAAUAUUUGGUUCUAUUCCGAAAACGAAUUGGUGCCAAACCCGCAAAGUUUGUUAAAAUUGUAACUACUGAUGAUACCUAUUCCUGGAUUGAUAAAGUAAAAGAAGAAUUAAAAGCCGGUCAGAAGCUUGUUCUUUACAAUGAGGAUGAGCCUAUCAAUGGUCUAUUAGGAUUAGUUAAUUGUCUCCGAAGGGAACCAGGUGGCGAAGUUGUCCAUGGCCUUCUCAUUGCGGAUCCUUCAGCACCAUCAUUUAACCCAGAUUUGGAAUUUUACGAGGAGCAGCUAGACAAAGAUUUGGCUCUAAAUGUUUAUCAAGAUGGUCAAUGGGGCACAUACCGUCAUUUACUCCUAGGAGAUCUGGAUGUAGUGAACGCUCACCACGCCUUCGUCAACACUACAACUAUUGGUGACUUGUCCACCCUUAAGUGGCUUGAAGGACCAAUCAGGGAGGACACAGUGUUUAAGGAUCCAUACAGCAUUCUCAUACAUGUAUAUUGUGCUGCAUUGAACUUCCGUGAUGUCAUGACAGCCAUGGGUAGAGUAACAGUGGAUGCUGUAGCGAGAGGAAGGUUGGCGCAAGAAUGUGUACAGGGCUUUGAAGUCGUGGGAAGAACUUGCAAUGGCUCGAGAGUUAUGGCCAUGGUAAGAAACAGCGGUAUGGCAAACAUGAUAGAAGGAGACAAGGCUCUGAUGUGGAAUAUUCCCGAUGAAUGGACCUUCGAAGAAGCAGCUUCUGUGCCUGUUGCAUACGGAACUGUAUACUAUGCUAUGGUAAUGGUGGCCCGGGUGCAACGCGGAGAAUCAGUUUUGAUUCACGCUGGAUCUGGUGGUGUUGGUCAAGCAGCUAUUAACGUGGCCCUUCAUUAUGGAUGUGAAGUUUUCACUACUGUGGGAACUCCAGAAAAACGGGCGUUCAUCAAGAAACUUUUCCCACAGCUUAAAGAUAGUCAUAUCGGCAAUUCUCGUGACACAUCCUUCGAAGACAUGAUCCGAAAAGAAACGAAAGGCAAGGGUGUCGACAUCGUACUCAAUUCUUUAGCAGAUGAGAAGUUACAGGCGUCAGUCCGUUGUCUCGGGUACCGUGGUCGGUUCCUCGAGAUCGGCAAGUUCGAUAUCAGCAACAAUACUCCCAUCGGCAUGUACUUCUUCUUGAAAGAGACCUCGUUCCACGGCAUUAUGUUGGACUUUAUCUUCGAUCAUAGUUAUGAGUUCAGAAAGAGCCUACAAGAUUUGCUGCUCAGUGGCAUUGAAAGCGGUGCUGUACGACCACUUACUUACUGUACUUUUGAAAAGAACGAGAUAGAGGCUGCAUUCAGAUAUAUGGCGGCUGGAAAACAUAUUGGAAAGGUUAUUAUUAAAAUCCGAGAUGAAGAAAGGUCACAUCGCCCUGUGAAACCAGUAACAUUAAGAAUACCAGCAACUCCUCGUUACAUGUGUAUGGAUGACAACGUCUACGUAGUUGUUGGUGGUCUUGGAGGUUUCGGUCUGGAGUUAACGGACUGGCUUAUAUUGCGCGGUGCCAGACGUGUACUGCUCACAUCCAGACGAGGAGUCAGUAAUGGAUACCAGGCCUCUCGAUUAAGGACUUGGGCUCAAUAUAAGGCAGAUGUGCAAGUCUCAACUCACGAUAUUACAACUGAAGAAGGUUGUCAAAAGAUGUUGGAAAUGGCCAACUCUAUGGGUAAAGUCGAGGCUAUAUUUAAUUUGGCCGUCAUCUUGAAGGAUUCCAUCUUCCAAAACCAAACCCCUGAGACAUUCAAGAUAUCAUUCGGGCCAAAAGCUAGAGCUACCAUGAAUUUGGAUAAACUGUCCAGAAAACUGUGUCCUGAUCUUAAGGACUUUGUAAUAUUCUCAUCUGUAUCCUGCGGUCGUGGAAACGCCGGGCAAACAAACUAUGGAUACUCAAACUCAGUUAUGGAACGUAUCUGCGAGUGGCGACACAAGCUUGGUCUUCCUGCGUUGGCUGUGCAAUGGGGCGCUGUGGGAGAUGUCGGUUUGGUAGCGGAUAUGCAAGAUGAAGAUGUUCAACUAGAAAUCGGUGGUACCUUGCAACAGAGAAUUUCCUCCUGCCUUCUAUCUUUAGACAAAUUCUUAAAACAAGAUGCAGUCAUAGUAUCCUCGAUAGUUGUGGCUGAGAAGAAGGCCGGUGGUUCUGGUUGUGGCAACAUCGUCGAUGCUGUGGCACAAAUUAUGGGUAUCAAGGAUCUGAAGACUGUAUCUCAACAAGUCUCCCUCGCUGAAUUGGGAAUGGACAGUAUGAUGGCUGUUGAGAUUAAGCAAACACUGGAAAGAGAAUUUGAGAUAUUCCUUACGGCCCAAGACAUCAGAACAUUGACAUUUGCAAGAUUAGUGGAACUGACGGCAAUACGAGAGGCAGCAGCAUCUACAUCGGCCACAGCUAGAUCUCAUACAUCUGAUGUAACAGCCGGUCUGCGAACCUUCAUAAGGAAUUUCGGAAACGAAAACCUGGCCACAGAACCUUUCAUUUAUAUGCCUACGAUGGUCAGCGAUGGAACAGAGACGGAUGUUUCAGUUCACGAAGACGAAGCGGUUAUGUUCAUGCUGCCAGGUCUGGAGGGUUGUGCUGCGGGAAUGGCACCUCUUUGUAAACGUCUUAAGAUUAAGAUUUGUGUCCUGCAAUUCGGUGCUGAAAAUGGCAAUGAUACUUUAGAUGAUUUGGUUAAUAAUCUACAUCAGACAAUAAGAUCACGUCUGAUCCACGGAAAACCUUACAUCCUUCUUGGAUACAGUUUUGGAACUCUUCCCUUGUUUAAGUUAGCAAACAUUUUAGAAAGCGAAGGACACUCUGGAACAGUGUUUUGCAUAGACGGCAGCCCUGAAUUCCUCUCCACCACGAUUUCGAGCAUUGCAGAAUUUAGAAAUGACAAGAUAUUACAGAACAGCCUGAUUUGUUACACCAUAGAUUUAGUUGCUCCUAAUAAUGAUGUAACACUAACAUUGAUGGAAAAACUUCACGAAAUAGAAUCGUAUGAUGAGAGGAUUAACUAUGGUAUAAAAGUUUGUCCAGUUCAACACAGCUAUUCUCACAACUUUAUACGCGCCAUGUCGAAAGCUUGUUACAAUAGAACUAAAAUGAUUUUCGAACAUAACGAAAAUGAUGUUAAGAAAAUCAAUGCUCCUGUCAUACUAUUACGACCCAAAGAAAUUCCCUUACCUCUUGAGGACAAUUAUGGUUUGGACAAAUAUACUGAAGGCCCUGUUACUGUACAUUAUUUGGAAGGAAACCAUGUCAGUAUAAUUGAAAAUAAGGAUUGUGCAAAUAUUAUUAAUAAAAUUAUAGGGGGUCAAGAUAAACUAGAAAAGGAUGCGCCAAACGUGGUUACAAGUAUGAUAGAACAACAAAGAUCAGUUGAAGUUUAG